AUGACAGACACAGAAGACGCACCACCGGAGGUGCAUCAUUACAAUAGUCUCCAGGAAGUUCCUUGGGAUAUUCAGAACUAUUGGGCUCAACGAUACCGCAUUUUCUCCAAAUAUGAUGAGGGAAUAUGGCUUACAGAUGAUGCUUGGUUUGGCGUGACUCCGGAACCUGUUGCAAAGUUUGUGUCUCUCUCAGCACACCUCGCGGAGUCUGCUCCGGCUGGGCGUAGCAUCCUGGUUGAUGCCUUUGCCGGAGCUGGUGGCAAUACCAUUGCCUUUGCAAAAACAGGCAAAUGGAAACGGGUCUAUGCUAUUGAAAGGAACCCUGCUGUUCUUCAAUGUGCUAAGCACAACGCGAAGAUCUACGGUGUGGAGAACCUAAUCACCUGGUUUGAAGGCGAUUGCUUCCAGAUUCUAAAGAAUCAACUCAAAGAUCUUGCACCUUACAGCAUAAUCUUUGCCAGUCCUCCUUGGGGUGGUAAGCUCAAUUGA